AAUGUUGACCAAUUUAAUUUUCUUUCCGUCGAUGCUUCCUGAGCUGUUGAGUUUCUAGCAUGUUUGUGUCUCCUGCGUCUUAAGAGGAAACUGGACAAAGAAACAGAGGAAUAAGGAAUUGAAGGGUACAUGAGGUGUUCUGACGAAGAGGCACGAGAGAGGAAAUCAAGGGAUAUGGUGAAAAAGCAGGAACUGAUUUUAGAUUAUCAACCAUGAUCAUAUUGAAUGGCGGUGCUGGUUCGAAGGGCCGAAUGGCCUACUCCUGCACAUAUUUUUCGAUGUUUUCUAAGUUUCAAUGGAAGCGUUGACACCAGAUGGAUGUUUUCUUAGCUACACCCUGGUGAUAGGGGGUGCUGCACUCUGUAUUUCCAGGGCACACGUGUAAUCUGUAUUUAGACACUGCUUGUUCCACAGCGGACAAACAGCAACUUGUACAGUGACAGUGCUCAGGCCAAGCAUCUUGGACGGAAAUGAACAGAAACAACUCGUCCUAUUGCCUCUUGUCUGAGAUGGGCCAGGGGCCAGGGGGUUGCGGGGAUCAGGCGGGCGGCAGAGGGGGAGCGGGACAGCGGCAGGCUGCCGUCGCUGGUGGUGGGGGCUUGGAGCCGGCGGCAGUGCCCCGGUCGCGGUGUCUGCGGGCGGUCUGCGUGCUCAACGAGACGGCCAAGCCCCAGAGCACGGAGUGGGGUGCACUGCAGUGCCUGGAGCGGGCAUGUCGGAACCAGGACACCGAGCUCACCAUCCUCCCCUUCGGCCAACUCGACUUCGGGGAGACGCCGGUCCUCGACUCCUUUUACCAUGCAGACAUUGCGGUGGUGGACAUGACUGAUGUUUUCAGACAACUAACACUCUUCUAUCAUCUGAGCAUACGAGAGAGCUUCAGUAUGACAAACAACAUCGUUCUUUACCACAACACUGACCUGAAAGGUGCCCAGUCACUUAAGGCUACAAGUGGCAGUUAUCACUUUAUCCCCUACGUGACAACCACAAAUGAUGACUUCCUGUGUUGUGAAAAUGAUGUUCAACGAAGAGCCUCUGAGUACUUGCAGCCAAACUGGGACAACCUUCUGGGACCCUUCUGCCAGCCAUUAGUGGAGAAACUGAUCAGUAUUCUGAAAGAUAUUGACAUUACCACAAGCACGUAUUUGAAGGAUACUCUGCUGAGUGACAUUAGAAAAGCACGAGAGAAGUACCAAGGGGAAGAGUUGGCCAAGCAGCUAUCUGCCAUAAAGUUGCGUAUGGAAAGCACGGAGGUCAUUACACCUGACGUUAUCACAAACCUCCUUUUCUCUUACAGAGAUAUCCAGGAUUAUGAUGGCAUGGUGAAGUUGGUGGAAACACUGAAGGAGCUGCCGACCUGUGACCUGACUGAACAGCACAGCAUCGGCUUUCAUUAUGCCUUUGCACUGAACAGGAGGAAUCAACAGGGUGACAGAAAGAAAGCUUUAAGAGUGAUGCUGGAAGUUUUGGCGUCGUUUGACAAACCUGCCCCCGACAUGUACUGCCUGUGUGGAAGAAUUUACAAAGAUCUCUUUCUCGACUCGUACUGCAAGGAUGCAACCAGCCGAGACAAUGCCAUAGAAUGGUACCGCAAGGGCUUUGAGCUGCAACCAACCCUGUACUCUGGCAUUAAUUUGGCUGUCCUUCUAAUCGCUGCUGGUCAGCAGUUUGAAAACUCAAUGGAGCUGAGAAAAAUUGGUGUGAGACUGAACAGUUUGCUGGGGAGAAAAGGGAGUCUGGACACGAUGAACAGCUACUAUGAUGUGGGCCACUUCUUCACAGUCAGCAUGUUGGCUAAAGACAUCAACAAGGCUGUUCUGGCAGCAGAGAAACUCUUCAAACUCAAGUCUCCUUUCUGGUACUUGAGGUCCAUGGUUCAGAACCUCAUGUUACUGCAGCAAUUCCAGAAGAUCAGCAAUGACCAUUCCCCCAAACAAGAGUGUCUCAACUUCUGGAUGGACAUCAUAGUGGAAGCAACGGAGACCAAUAGAAAUGGUCUACGUUUCCCAGUUCUUAUUCUAGAGCCAACCAACGUCUAUCAGCCAUCCUAUGUAUCAGUAAAUAGUGAAGCAGAUGAGAAGACGAUCUCCAUAUGGCAUGUCUCCUCUGAGGAAGUGAAGGGGAUUUAUGAAUGGAAUUUUACACCUUCAUCCAUCAAAGGAAUAAGCAUAUCCAAAUGCGACGAGCGCUGCUGCUUCCUCUAUGUCCAUCGCAACUCUGACCAUUUUCAGAUCUACUUCUCCACAGAGGCUCAGUGCAGCAGGUUUUGCCAUUUGGUAAAGGAAAUUAAUGAUGAAGCAGCAAGCAGUGCGGAACUGGAGGGUGAUGCCGAGGGAGACACACUGGAGUAUGAAUAUGAGUACGAAGAGUCUGAAGAACGGGUAGUGUUGGGGAAAGGCACAUAUGGAGUGGUCUAUGCUGGACGAGAUCUCAGCAAUCAAGUGAGGAUAGCUAUCAAAGAAAUACCAGAGAAAGAUAGUAGAUACUCCCAACCUCUCCAUGAAGAGAUAGUGUUACACAAAUACUUGAAGCACCGGAAUAUUGUCCAGUACCUUGGUUCGGUUUCGGAAAAUGGCUACAUCAAGAUCUUUAUGGAGCAAGUACCCGGAGGGAGCCUUUCUGCACUCAUCAAAUCAAAAUGGGGUCCUUUGAAAGAUAAUGUGUCUACCAUUGUGUUUUACACCAGACAGAUACUGGAGGGCCUACGCUAUCUUCAUGAGAACCAGAUUGUGCACCGAGACAUCAAGGGAGACAAUGUUCUUGUGAACACAUAUAGUGGUGUGGUGAAGAUUUCAGAUUUUGGAACAUCGAAGCGAUUGGCAGGAGUGAACCCUUGCGCUGAAACAUUUUCAGGUACAUUACAGUACAUGGCGCCUGAGAUUCUGGACAAGGGUCCCCGAGGUUAUGGUGCCCCAGCUGAUAUUUGGUCUCUGGGUUGUACUAUCAUUGAAAUGGCAACCGGCAAACCACCCUUCUACGAAUUAGGAGAGCCUGAAGUAGCUAUGUUCAAGGUCGGGAUGCUUAAGAUCCAUCCUGAGAUCCCAGAUUCGAUGCCAGCUGACGCCAAGUCCUUCAUUCUGCACUGCUUCGAGCCUGAUCCUUUGAAGCGAGUUACAGCAGCCGAGCUGCUGAAGGACCCCUUCCUCAGGAAGACCCACAGGUGCAAGAAGAAUAAAAUUGCUUUCAAGCUAACCGAGUCCAGUCGAAGCAUCUCUCUUCCCAUCUUGGAUGAAAACUGGGGUAGCAGUGGCAGUGACCACGGGUCAGUGUCGCCAGACUUCGACGCCAAACACGAUGCGUUCUUCGAGAAAAACAGGAAGCCAAAUUCAGACCAUCCGACCAGGGCCUUGGGGUCUCCUUUACUGAGUCUGCCUGAUGAGACUUCAUCCACGGAAGAUCGGAGCAGUCCCGUUUCCUCUGAUGAGAUAGACACAAGCCUCUUCCUGCUAAAGAAAGAUAGCAAGCGCAGAUCCAUUCUCUACAAAAUUUUGAAUGCAGACCAGGAUCGGGUUGUUUCCAACCUGCGCGAAAGCCUGCAGCAGGGGCAUGAAGAGCUGAAGCUAUCAGUUGACCACCUAAAGCAGAUAAUCGGCAUCCUGCGGGAUUUCAUUCGCUUCCCCGAGCAGAGAGUGAUGGCCAGCACUAUCUCCAAACUCAAAUUGGACUUGGAUUUUGACAGCAUCUCCAUAAACCAGUUUCAGUUGGUUUUGUUUAGUUUUCAGGAUGCGGUUAAUAUGGUACUGCGACACCAUCACAUCAAGCCCCACUGGAUGUUUGCAAUGGACAACAUCAUCCGCCGUGCAGUACAAGCUGCAGUAACUAUCCUCAUUCCAGAGUUGCGUGCUCACUUUGGCCCUGCCUCCGAGGGUGAAGCGGCAGACAAAGAUGGAGAUGAGGUGGAAGAUCCUGUAUACCAACCGAGGGCACUUCCCCAAAACAAGGAGCAUCCCUUAACCUCAGCUGCAAGCACUUCCAGUUCCGCCACAUCACCAGGUCUACGACAGUCUCUGAGCAUGCAGCUGGGGCAACUGAGACAGGAGUCAAACAGACUUUUGGAGGAGUUAGUGCAGAAGGAAAAGGUGUAUCAGAAGCUGCUUCAACAAACAAUCGAGCAGAGAGACCAGGCUCUGUCCAAACUUCAGUUAAAACCCAAACCAACAGGUUCAUUGUCUGUACCACCGGCACAGCCUCCUGCACACCACGCACUGGAUCAGCAACUCGUCAGCUGGCUGAAAGAGCAAGGAGCCGACCCAGAGGUUAUAAACAGGAUCUGUGAAGAAGGCUACGUGUUAUCUGACCUUCUCAAACAUGUUACUAAAGAUGAUUUGCGAUGUCUACAACUCGGAGGAGGAACUAUUUGUCGACUCUGGAAUGCCAUAUUGAAAUUUAGAAAAAAUGCUAAGGACUGAACAAGUGAAAAUGAAAAAUAUGCAAUCCAGCCUUUUCAAAGUGUUAUUUUAUAAGAAUGACUAAAGCUGCUACUCUUCUAAGGGUAAAUGUGUAUGUACUGAAGCAUUUACUGUUCUUGAGAUACAGUCUAUAACUUCUGUGUGCUUAGCUGCACUGAUAUUCAUCAUGGACAUAGUAGGUGAAUCUUGCACUCAAAGCUGACUUAUUUAAGAACACUUGUUCCCUGUCAUUUCUGGGGGGUUGCUUGGUGGGGCUGUAUGGGUGAACUCAGAAAUAAAGUGAGUGAUCACUUUGAUGGGAUUGUACUGUAGGUCCCUGAGCGCAGGAAUUAGAGGAGCAAAUAUGGAGAGAAAUCUCAAAUUGUUGCAAUAGCAGGCAAUUUUAACUAGCCUAAUUUUGUCUGGGACUGCCAGGGUGCUAAGGGUUUGAAUGAGAUGGAAUUUGUUAAGUGUUUUUUUCAGGAAGGUUUUGUAAAACAAUAUGUAGAAGACCCCACUAGAGGGGGCAAUAUUAGAUCUCCUAUUGGGAGAUGGGACAGGGCAAGUGACUGAAGUGUUAGUGGGGGAACAAUUUAGAACAAUCUAUCUGUUUUAGAAUAGUAAUGAAAAUAGAUAGGACUGAUCCACAAGUUUGUCAUAAUUUGUGGCAAGGCUAAUUUUGAUGCCAUUGGAUAGGAAUUUGUAAAUGUUGAUUAAUAUGAGCUAUUUUCAAGUAAAGGGACAUCUGGUUAGUGGAAGGCUUUUAAAAAUGAGAUACUGAGAAAUCUGGGGCAGCAUUAGGGAAGCCUCAUUAAUGAAUGCUGUUGAAGAAUGUGUCACUAAAAAGGAGGCAUGGGUCUGGUAUAGGGAGCUGGGAUCAAGAAUCCCCUGAGGAGUACAAGGCAUGAAGGAGUACACUUAAGAGAGCAAAAUGAGGAUGAGAGAUAGCCUUAACAGAUAAAAAGGUGAAUCCUAAGAGAUUCUACAUUAAGACCCAAGGCAACUAGGGAGAAAAUCAGGCCCCUUAAACGUCCAUUUGUGGAGCAACAAGAGAUGGGCUAGGUUUUAAAUGCGUAUUUCUCACCAGUAUUUACUGUGGAGGUUAUGGUAGCUAAAGGAAGCCAAAGGUGAUAUCUUGAAGCAUAUCUACAUCACAUAUGGGUGGAUAAAUCCCUGGCCGAAUGGAGACAAAAUUGAUUUGUAUGCAGCAGUUAGUUGGUAGUGGGGAGUUGCUUUACAGAUUGGAGGUCUAUGAUUACUGAUGUACCAUAGGGAACAAGGUGGAUCAACUAUUGUUUGUCAUCUGACAUAAUUGUAACAAUUUGAGAAUUAAGUUGGCAUUGUUUUUGUGGAUGACAACAAAAUUGGUGGUAGAGUGGAUAGUGAAGAAGCUUAUUAUCACAGCGGGAUCUAGAACAAAUUGGAAAAUGUGUCAAGAAAUGAAAUUUAAUUAAGACAAAUGUAGUCUGUUGCAUUUUGGUAAGUUAAACCAGGACUUUAAACCUGAAAGAUCUCUUUAAAAAGGAAAGGACAAUUCACAAGGAUUUCACUGACACCGGAAGGCUUGACAGGAUAGGCUGGAACAUGUUCUUCCUUGUAUUUAGUUAUCAAAAUGAUAAAAAUAUAACUUCAUAUCAUGGCAUGAAUUGCCUUAGUUAUGGGUUCAACAUCUUGCUGAACGAUCCUGUCAAUAGGAUAUCUUUAGGUACACAAAAUUGCUGGAGAAACUCAGCGGGUGCAGCAGCAUCUAUGGAGCGAAGGAAAUAGGGAGGAGACAGCUAGCAAAUUUUGCUAGCCCUUGCUGUCUCCUCCCCUUCCUUAACCCUCUAGCUGUCUCCUCCCACCCUCCCAUCCACCCGCCCUCGGGCUCCUCCUCCCCUUUUCCUUCCUUCUGCCCCCCCACCCCCCAUCAGUCUGAAGAAG